GGCCCCGGUAGCGGCGGGCGCGGUGCCACCGCAAGGCGCGGGGCCGUGGCCAUGCUGGGAGGGGACGAGUUCAUCAGCUCCCCGCCCAGGAAGACGGUGCGGUUCGGGGGGACCCUCACUGAGAUCCUGCUCAAGUACGAGAAGGGUGAUACCACAGAUUUUGAGUUGUUGAAGCAUCAACUGUCAGAUCCAGACAUAAAGGAUGCCCAGAUCAUUAAUUGGCUCCAUGAAUUUCGAACUUCUGUUGCGUAUUUGACCAAAGAGCUUGAACAACUGGUCAGCAUUUUGCUGAAGCUGCCAUGGUUGAGAAGGAGCCGAGAGGUAGUGGAAGAAUAUCUGGGUUUUCUUGGCAAUCUGGUGUCAGCACAGACUGUCCAUCUCAGGCCGUGCCUCCGGAUGAUUGUGUCGCAGUUUGUCCCCCCUCGGAUAACCAUCAGAGAAGAUGACGUGGACAUUUCAGAUUCUGAUGACGAUGAUGAAAACGUUUCUGAAAACUUCGAUACUUGCCAUAGAGCUUUGCAAACUGUUGCAAGAUACGUUCCUUCGACACCGCAGUUUCUCAUGCCAAUACUGGUGGAAUACUUUCCUUUCAUUAAUAAAUCAGAAAGAACUCUGGAAUGUUAUGUCCAUAACCUACUACGAGUUACGGUGUACCUUCCAACUCUGAGGCUUCAAAUUCUGGAGCUUAUUGUUGAAAAGCUGCUGAAGUUGGAUGUUAGCACUCCACAGCAAGAUAUUGAAGAUGCUGAAGAAACUGCUAAUAACUCUGGUAGUGAGGAGAAAUCUACAGAGGAGGGACUUUUUGACAUGGAGGAAGAUGAAGAAAGAAAAGGAAACAAAGUUGCCUCUUCCAGUAGUGAGAGAAUGGCCCAUCCCCUUGCAGAGCGCCUCGACAUCCUGAUGACCAUCCUGUUUUCCUACAUUAAAGAUGUUUGCCACGUGGAUGGCAAACUCAAUAUCAGCAACACAAAGGACUUGUAUCGGGAUCUGGUUUCUGUUUUUGACAAGCUCAUUUUACCAACUCAUGCUUCAUGUCACGUACAGUAUUUCAUGUUUUACAUCUGCAGCUUUAAAUUGGGGUUGGCUGAGGCGUUUUUAGACCAUCUUUGGAAAAAACUGCAGGAUCCAAACAAUCCUUCAGUGAUCAGGCAGACUGCUGGGAGUUACAUUGGCAGCUUCUUGGCAAGAGCUAAAUUUAUUCCAGUUGUCACAGUAAAAGCAUGUCUGGAUCUUCUGGUGAACUGGAUGCAUAAAUACAUUGAUAAUCAGGAUACAGGAGCUAAUGCCUACUGUGAUGUAGCUCUCCAUGGGCCAUUUUAUUCUACAUGUCAGGCUGUGUUCUAUACACUUAUUUUCCGUCAUAAACAACUUUUGGAUGGAAACUUAAGGAAAGGCCUGUCAUAUCUGCAGAGUUUAAAUUUCGAGCGCAUUGUCAUGUGUCAGCUCAACCCCCUGAAGAUUUGUAUCCCUUCUGUUGUCAACUUGUUUGCUGCUAUUACCAGGAAAUACCAGCUGGUGUUCUGCUACACCAUUAUUGAGAGGAACAACAGGCAGUUCAUCCCAGUUGUUCGGAGUGGCACCGGGGGUGACCUUGUGCAGACGUGCACUAACCCACUGGACAGCUUCUUUCCCUUUGAUCCCUACAUCCUCAAAAGAUCAAAGAAGACCAUUGAUCCUCUUUAUCAGUUCUGGGAAGAGCUGAGUGCUGAAGAUCUUGAGAAUCUAAAGAAACCCAUUAAAAAGGGUACUUCUGAAGAUGAAGAUGACGACUUCUUGAAAGGAGAAACCCCUCAAAAUGAUGGUGUGGUUGGAAUUGCUCCAAAUUCCUAUGAGUCCAGCACCCGGAGCCCCGUGAGCAGCAUUGGCUCCCCUCCAGACUGUUCCGUGCCGUUCCCUCCGUGACACGGGGCGUCAGAAGUGAGAAGGCUGAAAACUUGUGUGCAAUGUUUCACUCUUUACAGAGACUUUAGCUCAAAUUUCCAAGCUGGCAAAUGUUUUAAGUAACUACAUUUGAGAAGAAUUAUUGUUUCUUAAUCAUCAGAUUUCUACAGAUAUGUUAUAGUAGAGUCAUACGUUGCUAGAAAAGCUUAGAGAAUAAAUAGGGUGAUACUUUGCAAAUUUCACAUUGAAAUGGUUUUUAUGACUUUGACGGGAUUUUUUUUUUUUUAUAGUUUUUCCUGACUCUUAAAAACUUUGUUUACUAAUGUUUCUCUACAAGGUUUUAUAUAUCAGAGGUGAAAUUCUGGUAUUUCUUCCUGCUGAUUUGUGUGGGGGCCAGAAUUCCCCUGUCAGUGUUCAGGCUCUACUCUGACGACUCUUCUUGAGUUGGUUUCAAAGUAAAGGUGUGAUCCCUCGAUAGGCAGGCCAUGAACCAGUCUGGCAGUGGUUCUUCUACACACAUCUCUUAGGCUUUUCCUGUCUAUAGAACAGUAUUUGGUGAAGCCACUUGAUAGUGGAGUGUACUCAGACAGUAAGCACUAAUGUUCCUUAAAUCCGUAGCUGACACGCACCUUUCCCAGCUAUGAAAGUUCAGACAUGUAAAAGUGAUGAUUGUUGGAAGUAAUGAAAAUGAGGGAGUAGCUGAAUGUAUUAUUUGUAGAUAGUUUUCUCUGGAGUGCUUAUGAAGCACUAUGAGACAGGUAUUUAUUGCAGGAUUUGAAGUUUAUAUGUGAAUGCUGAAAAUAGGAAAAAAAAAAAUCUUUCCUUGUGGAAAGAAAGUGGUGUCAGUGGUGUCCUUGUGUUGUCCAUGUGUCAGUCACUGUUGAGUUUCUCUGCUGAAGUUUUUUGUCUUUUCAUGGUUGCUGGCUUUUAGAUUUAAGUAAAAAUAUAAACAGUGGGGGAAAAAUGCUAUUUGUGUAACACUGAGUUGAAAAUUUUAUGCAUUUGGACUAAACUCUAAUUGCCCUUCUUUAGAAUCUGAACUUGGAGGCUUUCAAGACAACAUUUUUAUUUGGAGCCAAUAAAGAGUGAUGCCAACAGUGCAAUACUUACACAUUUGAGAAAACCCCAUUUCUGUAUGUAACUGAGGUGCUCUCUGUAGCCUGGCUUCUCAAAGCCAGGGUGUUAGUUCUGACAGACUGCAGAAAUGAGUCCUGGGGAUGACAUUGCAAAGUGCAUCAGUGAAUCUGUUCAUCAUUGUAUAAACUGAGUUUUUGUGUUUAAUUUUAGUCCUCUUUAUUGUCAGUCCUGAGUAAUAAACAAUAGAUUUCCAUCUGAAA